AUGGCUCCUGAAAAUUUCACCUGGGUCACUGAGUUUAUUCUCACAGGGGUCUCAGACAGCCCAGAGCUCCAGAUCCCACUCUUCUUUGUUUUCCUGGUCAUCUAUGGGCUGACCAUGGCAGAGAACCUGGGCAUCAUCACCCUCACCAGUGUCGACUCUCAACUUCAGACUCCCAUGUACUUUUUCCUCCAGCACUUGGCUGUGGUCAAUCUUGGCAACUCUACUGUCAUUGCCCCUAAAAUGCUGAUCAAUUUUUUAGUAACAAAGAAAACCAUCUCAUACUAUGAAUGUGCAGCCCAACUGGGAGGGUUUUUGGUUUUCAUUGUAGCUGAGGUUUCCAUGUUGGCUGUCAUGGCCUAUGACCGGUAUGUGGCCAUUUGUAACCCCCUGCUCUACAUGGUGGUUUUAUCUCGCCAGGUCUGCCUUCUGCUCGUGUCCCUCACUUACCUCUACAGCUUUUCCACAGCUGUUGUGACAUCAUCUUCUGUGUUCUCUGUGUCUUACUGCUCUUCCAAUGUAGUCAACCAUUUCUACUGUGACACUGUCCCUCUGUUAGCACUGUCCUGCUCUGAUACUUCCUUUCCAGAAAUGGUCAUUUUUGUAUCUGCAGCUAUAAACUUGGUUUGUUCUAUGACCAUAGUUCUAGUAUCUUAUUUCAACAUUGUUCUAUCUAUUUUAAGAAUACAUUCAUCAGAAGGAAGGAAAAAAGCCUUUUCCACAUGUGCUUCACAUAUGACAGCAGUCAUAGUUUUUUAUGGGACACUAUUAUUCAUGUAUUUGCAGCCUCGAAGUAGCCAUUCAUUGGACACAGAUAAAAUGGCUUCUGUGUUUUACACACUUGUGAUCCCCAUGCUGAAUCCCAUGAUCUAUAGCCUGAGGAACAAAGAUGUGAAGGCUGCCUUGAAGAGAUUUCUGACCAAUGUAUGUUCUAUUAAAUCAAUGUAA